AUGCCUUCCAUCACGGCUGACGAGUGGCUCGCAGCUGCGGCUCACCGUCGCAGUGUCCAUGGUUUGGCAGGAACCUCCAAGGUCUCGGACGAACGUGUCCAAGAGCUGGUCUCCAAAGUCCUUUCCUUUGCCCCCUCGUCUUACAACACGCAGCCUGUCCGCAUUUCGCUCGCUUUCGGGGAGAAGCACAAAGAGCUCUGGAGCAUUAUCCUCGAGGAGGUUGAGCCGGUCCUCAAGUCGAUCAAUCCCGCCCUCUGGGAAAAGCUGGGCCCCUUUCUCCAAACCCACAAGGCUGCAUAUGGAUCCAUACUCUUCUGGGAGCGUGGCCAGACGACCAAGGAGGCUGCCGAGACACACAAGGCAACCAGCCACAUGUUCAGCGAGUGGGGUGAUCACGCCCAAGGCAUUCACCAGAUCCUUAUCUGGACUGCCUUGGAGCUGGAGGGAGUAGGAGCUAACCUGCAGCACAUGAAUGCUAUUCCGCCUGUCGAGGCAGCCAUCAAGAAAUUCGCUGGUGUCCCAGAGGAUUAUAAGCUCAAGGCCCAUCUCAACUACGGAGAUGAGCAAGCUGCUCAUCCCGAGAAGCCCAAGAAAUUGCCCAUUGCCGAGACACUGACGAUUCUCUGA